ACAGGAAGUGACAUCGUGCACCGCCGCCAGGAGCAGGCUGGAGGAUAAACAGAUGCCGCAGCCCGAGAGAUUUUCAGCCGGAAGUUUUCUGCUAUCUUUCCAAUUUCAGUGAUCUCGUUAAAGACGGCAGCAGCAGAAACACGACUACAGAGCGUCAUUCUUACUCAGACUCCUCGUCCGUUUCCAAUGGCUUACAGCUUAAAUAAAAAAUGAAGGAGAAAUGUAAUUUUAACUCAUAAUAUUAUAAAAAUAUAUUGGCACAUGGAUAUAUCACCCCGUCUCUAAUGUGUUAAAGAAUUGCUGUUGCUUAGAAACCAUGAAAUGAACAUAGAAGAUGGUUCUACAAUCAAUAGAUGCUCUGAGAACUGUCUCCGUGCGGAAAAAUGCCUCAGGUCCCAGACAAUAAACGUAAUAAAUAUCUUUUAUACCUCACAAGAUACUUUAAUGACACAUGUGGAGUCUGAGUCACCCUGGGCUCCUCAUUUAGCACUGUCAACACAUAUGGGUCUACAAACACAUGGAGAACGUCCAAGAGAACAUAUAGGAGGACAUUCAGAAGAACGUAUUUAAAAACAUCCAGGGAAACGUAUAGGAAAACAUAGUGGAGAAUGUCAAAAAGAAUAUGUAAGAAAAUGUUCAGUGGAACAUCCAGGAAAACGUGCAGGGGAACGUCCAGAAUAGCAUUCAGGAGAAUGUCUAGGGAACUAUAUAAGAGAAUAUCCAGGGGAAUGUUUGGAGGAACAUCCAGGAGAUUGUUAAGGGGAAUGUCCAGAAGAAAAUAUAGGAAAACAUCCAGAGUAUUGUCAUGGAGAACAUCCAGAGGAACAUCCAGUGUAAUGUCCAGGAGAACCUCCAGGGGGGCAUCCAGUGUAUUGGACAGGAGAACAUCAGGGGAACAUCCAGGGAAACAUAUAGAGAAUUGUCCAGAAGAACAUCCAGGGGAACAUCCAGUGUAUUGGACAGGAGAACAUCCAGAGUAUUGGCCAGGAAAACAUCAGGGGAACAUCCAGGGAAACAUACAGAGAAUUGUCCAGGAGAACAUCCAGGGGAACAUCCAGUCUAAUGUCUUGGAGAGUGUACAGAGGAACAUCCAGUUUAAUGUCCAGGAGAAGAUCCAGAGGGACAUCCAUGGAAACAAACAGAUAAUUGUCCAGGAGAACAUCAAGGGGAACAUCCAGAGUAUUGGCCAGGAGAACAUCAAGGGGAACAUCGAGAGUAUUGGCCAGGAGAACAUCGAGGGGAAUAUUAAGAGUGUUGGCCAGGAGAACAUCCAUGGAAACAUUCUGAGUAUUGGCCAGGAGAACAUCCAAGGGGAACAUCCAUAGUAUUGGCCAGAAAUACAUCCAGGAGAACAUUCAGGAAAACAUACGGAGAAUUGUCCAGGAGAACAUCCAGGUGAACAUUAAGGGAAGCAUCCAGUCUAAUGUCCUGGAGAGUGUCAAGAAGAACAUCCAGAGUAUUGUCCAGGAGAAGAUCCAGAAGAACUUCCAGGGAAACAUACAGAGAAACGUCCAAAUUGUGUCCAGAAGUAUCAAGAGAGUGAAAAAA